AUGCCAAAACUUAUAAGUUUCAAAACACAAAAGAAGCCCAGUGGGUUUCUAUUCUGUGGGGGUUUACUUAAUUCCAAUGAUUCAAAAACUUCUCCGAUCUCUGGAGGAAUAGCAAUGACUGGUGUUGCUGAUACAAAUAUCAUUCGUGAUGUUGUUAUGUGGGAAAUACGAGGAACAGGAACAGAAGUUGGUUAUGGUUCAGAAGUUCGAGUUUUAGGUGGAAGAGUUAUUGGAGCUAAUGUUCGUUUUGAUGAAAAUAUUGGUAUUCAUUAUCGAGGAAAUAAUGGUGGAGUUCAUGUAGAAAAUACAGAUGUUAUUGGAUUAGGAAUCGGAAUGUUAAUUGAUAAUAGUAAUGGGGCUGGGUCAAAUCGAGAAAUCUUUAUAAGUCAAGCAACAUUUGAUUCCGAUGGUCAAGGUUUAGUUAUUCGUGAUAGUAGUUAUGUAUCAAUCAUUGGUAUAUGGGCUACAUCAUCAACAAUUCAUCAAGUCUUUGUUGAUUAUAAUUCCACAGCAGUUUUAUCAAUUAGUGGAGGAACGAUAUUUAAUGGUGGAGUUUAUGAAUGUCCAAAUGUUUCAAAUCGGUGUAAUGGUAUAACAAUUAAUAGUGGAUCGUUUAUUCUAAAUGGUGUUGAAGUACGAAAUAAACAUGGUCGAGGAAUAUGGGUAACAAAUAAAUCUGUAACACAAUUUCAAAUAAUUUCUUGUCGAUUAUUUGACAAUGAACAAGAAAUGAAUAGCGAUGGUACUUCAUUUAUUAUAUCAAAUAACCUUUGUCAUUCAAAUAAUGUACCAAAUGUUAUUUCAAAUACAACAUCAGCUUUAGUACAGAAUAAUCUUAGUUGUUAA